GCCUCAGGCAGCCUAGAUUCGUCCCAUCUAGGGAGAUGAACGAUUCCGCAAUGUUACACAGAGCUCGGCCUCACGAUCAAAAGCGUCCUCGAUGAGCCCAUUGCCGUUCGUUCUGUCUCCUUCAAAUCAGGCACAUGUUGUUGUAGGCACGUUAUGCCGUCGUGUGGAGUCCUCGAGCGUACGUUUCAGUACCUCCCGCUAUCGGCAGAGAAUGAGAUUCGCCUGCUUUGCAUCCCACGGAAGACACCGGAGUCGCUUUCGGACGACCCGAUCAACUACCUUCUAUACCACAUCCCACUCAACGAGGCAUCCGAAUACGUCGCUCUCUCGUAUAGUUGGGGCAGCCCAACCACGCCAUGCCAAAUCACCGUGAAUCGCCAGCCACUUCGAAUUACCGAGAGCCUUGCGACAGCGCUUGACAGUCUGCGGCGCGAGGACGAAGACGUCGUCUUGUUCGCCGACGCAAUCUGUAUCAAUCAGAGCGAUGCGGUGGAGAAGACUGCUCAAGUUAGGUUGAUGCAGCAGAUCUACAAGACUGCCAGACAAGUCGUACUAUGGCUCGGCCCUUCAACCGCUGAGACAACGUACACGAUGCAAGAGAUCCGGCGUCUCGGAACCGAGCUGGUCCAGACCGGCAUGUGGGCGUUAGCCGCGGGCGACAUCGCCAAGUGGGACACUGAAGCGCAUGACGAUUCACAAGCCGCGCGUACAAAACAGAAUAUCAAUGGCCAUUGCGAACCGUCAUCUGGAGAAAGCACAGAAUGACGAGUAUCCUUUUUGGUGGAUCAUGUCUGAUCUUGGGAAAAGGGCGUGGUGGACGCGCAUCUGGUGCAUCCAGGAACUCGCGAAUGCGCAAGUGGCAACUUUUAAGUGCGGGAAAGACGAGGUUGAUUAUGUUCCCUACUGGGCUGUUUCGCUCUACAUCCAGCUCUUUAACAGUCGAGCACUCCUAGAUCAUCCAAAUGCGGACCUCGUGGGAAUGCAGAAAAUGCUCUGGUUGAC